AUGGCAGAUGGGGCUCAGGCCAACCCCAAAGGGUUCAGGAAGAAGGCGCUGGGUAGACACACCUCUGUGUCGAGAGAACCAAACCUCAGGGCCCCUACACCUUUGAGAACGUCCAGAUCUAGCCUGGGCGUGAAGUUCUUCACUAUCGCCAUCCUGGCUGGCAGUGUCCUGUCUGCGGCCCACAGCAGCCUGCUCAACCUCAAGUCCAUGGUGGAAGCCGUGACCGGGAGAAGCGCCAUCCUGUCCUACGUGGGCUACGGCUGCUACUGCGGGCUGGGGGGCCACGGCCUGCCCAUGGACGAGGUGGACUGGUGCUGCCAUGCCCAUGACUGCUGCUACCAGAAGCUCUUUGACCAGCGCUGCCACCCCUACGUGGACCACUAUGAACACACCAUCGAGAACAGCAUGAUUGUCUGCAGUGAGAUCAACGUGACCGAGUGCGACCAGCAGACCUGCGAGUGUGACAAGAGCCUGGUCUUGUGCCUGCAGAACCAGACGUACAACGAGGAGCAUCGCAACUACCUCAACAUCUACUGCCGGGGCCCCACGCCCAACUGCAGCAUCUACGAGCCGCCCCCCGAGGAAGUGGCCUGCCCACCCAUCUCCCUAGCGUCUCCGGUGCCCCCUUAG